UUUUGAUGAACAGGGUGUCCCUUAAAAGCAAACAACGAACAAGUUAUGACCUAAACGACCAUAAUUUCGGUUUUUAUCACAAACUAAGUAACUUCGUGAUGCAUGAGCAUGCUGGGGGUACGUAUUGGGAAUUGGCUUACUUCCCCUUUAGUUUAUGAUAAAACCACCCUAUUGAUCAUCAAGUACAAAGUUGGGGUCACAUUGUCCCAAUGUCUAGGUGUUGCCUAUUGGGGGCAACGGGCCAGCCCAUACAUGUAUAUAUUAUUUCAUUAUUUGUUCUCCGUUUAUUCUUUUCUCGACCUGACAGUCAGAUUAACACUUUUCCUCUGGAGUCGAUUCCCAACGGUGCAUUUAGCGAACUGCCCUCUCUCUACACACUUUAUCUGGUAAAUCUACCACUCGUGUCGAUUUCCGCCAAUACAUUUAGAGGACUUUCCAAUCUCCGAACCCUUCGUCUGAUAAAUCUUCCGCUCGUGUCGAUCCCAGAGGGUGCGUUUGGUGGACUCUUCAGUCUCGAAACCCUUGUCAUGCGUAAUGUAUCAGGCACGUUGACUAAGCUUGGUAAGGUCGCCGCUGAUGGGUUACCAGCCUUGCUACGAGCACACGUUGAUGAGUACCGUGUUUGCUGUGCCCUAUCCAAGUUGCAUCACUUUUCUAUCGAGCAAAAUUGUUCAACUGUAAAGCGUAGACCAGAUUUGAAUCUGUGCGACAGCCUUAUGCCAAAUAGCAUCCUACGAGCGAUGUUGUGGGCAUUGGGACUAAGCGCGCUUAUUGGUAAUUUGUGUUUCCUGAUUUGGAGGCUUACGCAGAAAGGGGUCGGAGGGGGUAAGAAAACGCUCUCCAUAAUGGUAGGAAAUCUGGCCAUGGCAGACUUCAUGAUGGGUGUGUACAUGUUAAUCAUAGCUGGUGCAGAUCUUUCAUUUGGCGAUGACUACUUUCUCGUGGCCCCUAAAUGGCGCUCCAGCAUAAUGUGUAAACUUGCUGGAGUCUUGUCCGUUCUGUCCAGCGAGGCUUCGGUGUUUUUUGUGACACUCAUCAGCGUGGACUGCUUCCUAGGCAUUGUCUUUCCGUGGAAAAACUUCUCUCUGGGAACGAAAUCAACAACAGUCAUUAUUGUUGUCUUAUGGUUUCUGGCACUUUGUCUGAGUAUCGUGCCGACACUUUCAUUUGGGUCCGGUUCUGAUGUAUAUGGACUUUCGGAUGUUUGUAUCGGCCUUCCUCUCACCACUAAGGCAUCUGGUGUGACCACAUUUGGUAAGAAGUACACUGAUGGAUGGGGGUGGGAUUUGGGCAUGGACAUUUCACAAACCACGGGUGAGAAACCAUCUUGGAUCCUGUCAAUCAUUCUCUUCCUUGGCGUCAAUCUGGUUUCGUUUCUCCUUGUCCUGUGUUGCUACGUCGCCAUCUUCAUCAGUGUCAAGCGGACGGCCAGUGCCGUCCGAACGAAUGCCCAUCGGGAGCGUGAAGUCAAAAUGGCAGCCAAGAUGGCGCUGAUCGUGAUGACGGAUUUCUGCUGUUGGAUGCCAGUAAUCAUCCUGGGGAUUCUGUCUCAGACGGGAACAGUUAGUCUAUCCACCGAAGUGUAUGCAUGGGUUGUGGUUCUAGGUCUUCCAAUCAACUCGUCCCUCAAUCCUUUCCUUUACACUUUCUUCACAGUUUGUUGCGCGACUAAACCAAAGGCAAAAGCAGCGAAAAGGAAUCAACUUGAACUAACCAAUAUGAACAAAGUUAAAAAACACACAAAAGCAGUAGUGGAUACGGGAGGGGGGGGUGUUAAGGCAGUCUUCCCCGGUAAGAAAAGGUCAUGAGCAAAAGUAGCACAUCAUGACCUGUUUAAUACGCCUACCUCCCCGACAACUAACCCCUCCCCUUGAGCCAAAGCUGGAUUCGCAUCUGCAAACGUACAAAAUACUGAGGUUUGACUCACAUCAUAUAGGGCUGAAAAUUUCUACCAAAUGAUUCCUGUAGGCCUACCUGAAAUGAUAUGAAUUAAAUUAUUACACAGAUGUCCGUUUUUACAUAUAUGGCGAUUCCUACAUGAAAUGAUAUGAGAAUGGCCGUGGCUUAUAGAGCUGUGUAAAAGCCAUGAUUGCAAAAUCUUACCCUGGUGUCAAGCCCAGGAAUAUUUGUAAUCCACAUACUUUUAUCAUCAAUUUUUUUAUGAAAACCGGGACGUCCUGUUUCACGAAAUCCUAAGUUUGUGAAAGCAGGUAGGGUGCUGUAACGAUUCCAUUUCUUUCAUUGACUGAGGAUUUAGCAAACUGUUCAUUCCAGUAAAGACGAUAAUUAUUAUAAAAGGCUUUUUCUGAUUGUGACCAAGACCUCACAGAUGUCAUCAUAUAACGUGCGUGUGUUGUUCAGAUGGUGUUUUUAUCUUUGCAUUUGGUGCUACACGCAUUUUGAUUGUUGGCAUGGGCGUCGCCAGGAUUUUUUCUAGAGGGGGGCAAAACAUAUUUUUCCCCAAAAAAUUCUAUCAAAUACUAUGACUUCACGCCUCUGUUUUUUUCUUGUUUUUCUUUUC